AUGCAUUCCAGUUCAACGACCUCCACACCUUUUUCUGUGAAGGAUAUUCUGAAUUUAGAACACCAGCAUGACUUUGAGAACGAGUUCUUGAUGACGGACCAAGUUGUUCCGAUGAAUUAUCACCAUGAUCAGGGUGCGUCCCAGACCAGAGACCUGUAUGACCUCCAGCCCGGGCCGUGCGGCUCUGGGAUGCAGGAGCAGCCGCACAUCCACAAAUCAGCAGCAGAGGAGGAGAUCAGUGAGUUUGAAAUCAACGGUCUGGACGCUUCAUCCGUCUGCGACAAAACCUUAAAAAGUAAACCCAGGCCGCGCCGGAAGCCCCGGGUCCUCUUCUCCCAGGCCCAGGUGUCGGAGCUGGAGCGGCGUUUCAGACAGCAGCGGUACCUGUCCGCCACGGAGAGGGAGCAGCUGGCCCACAUCCUCAAACUCACCUCCACGCAGGUCAAAAUCUGGUUCCAGAACAGGAGGUACAAAUGCAAACGGCAGAGGCAGGACCAGACCCUGGAGCUGGCGGGGUUUCCACCUGCGCCCCGGAGGGUGGCGGUGCCGGUGAUAGUGCGGGACGGGAAACUGUGCGGCUCCUCGGCUCCAUACAACGUCACAGUCGGACAUUAUAAUUCGGUGGUUGGAUACGGAAACAGCAGCUUUUACGGCUACGGUUAUCACAGUGUGCCAACCUCAGCCAGUGUCACCGCUCAGGUGUGUGAAGGAGUUCCCACCGAGGGGCCCUUCAGCCACAGACACUUACACAGUGGAAGAGGCUGGUGA